AGAACACGAACCUGGUAGUACGACGAGGCUAUCGUUAGAAAGGGGCGCUCGGAAAACCUUCCCCGCAUUCUGCGUCCCUUCAUUUUGUCUUCAAGAAAUUUUGUUGAUCCGCGCUCGGUUUGAAGAAUCUCAAUAAUCGUCACGAAAACCCAGCCAUGUCGGUACGAAGUACUGGUAAACAUGCCUCGCCGGCAGAAGGUGCGGACUCUUUGACGUCCUCGAAAAAGCGCAAGCACGCCUCCGAAGAUCGAGAAGCCUCCAAAAAGAAGAAGAAGCAGCGGACAGAAGUCGCAGACAGCGUGGUCGUGGCUCCGGAACAGUCACCGACAGAAGUUGCAAAGACGAAAAAGAAGAAGUCUAAAGACGAGAAGAUACCAGUCGAAGAGAGCGAGGAAGAGGUCCCAGAGCACCAGGAUGUCGAGCUCCCCGAUGCGCUGCAGACACAAGAUGAGCAACCCUCUACGGAAACUAUACUAGAGCCGUCCUCGACGGCAGUUGAUGGCGAUGAAAUUGUCGAGGUCGAACCAGAAGUCAUCGCCGACCUAUUAAGCUCGGAAGAUCCCACCUCCUUCUACUCUACACGACUCUCCCUCUACCUCUCAAUACCCGCUGUAUCGCUCGAAUCGAGCAGCUCCUCACUCCUUGCGACACACCUUGCGCCGUUAUUGCUCACAUAUUUUCCGCCAGCCAAAGGCAUAGUCCUUGGCUUUUCGGACCCUGUCCUAUCAGCAAAAGCUGAUACCACUGUAAACUUGCCUCUCAUAGCUCCCUCGACUGGCAAAGUCCAACGUCAAUCCGAAGUCCUCGCGAAAGCAGCCGACGAGUAUGGGGUGUGCUGGGUAUGGCUUACUGCGACAUUCUUGGUGUUCCAACCAGAAAGAGGAGACGAGCUGUUAGGUUGGACCAACGUCACAUCCGAAGGGUUUGUCGGGUUGGUGAGCUACAAUUAUUUCCAGACGGCGGUGGAUAAGUCUCGGAUACCAGCGGAGUGGAAGUGGAUCGGUCCCAGUCGAGCUCAAAGCAGUCCCAUAAAGAAGAAGGGCAAGAAGGGCAGGCUACGGGACGAUGCUGGAGCUGCACCGGCUGCGGACGAUGCAAACCAUGAAGAUGGACGUGCAGAAAAUGAGACCGAUUCGCAAGCACACAUCCGCGACGACAGCGGACAUUUUGCGGAUGCGACUGGCGCUGAAGUCCCUUCUACGCUGAAACUCCGGGUGGUGGACACAGAGGUGGUGCCGGCGCAUGAGCGGAAUAAGUGGUCUUUGCAGAUUGAUGGGACACUACUUGAUGAGGAGGCUGAGCAGCACGUACUGGACGAGGAGAGGGCGAAGUUUGAGCGGACUCAACAGCGCAGUCGCUCACGGACGCCGGGCGACAAAGGCGACAUUUCAAUGACGGGGGCGCUUGGUGCAAGUCGAGAGGGCAGUGUUGCUUCAGGCUUAUCCGGGCACAUUCCGAGGCAUCGAGUUGCAUAUUGAUACUAAUGGAAAUGAACAUUGCUGGAGUCGUUGAUGAUCUGACAGGAGAAACGCCCAAUGCCCAUUGAUACUUGUACCAUGGCUUGCUUGCUAUAUUUAUGCGGGUUAACAAUUGCCCAGAAGCCAUUGGGUGAGUCUGAUUUAGAGGUAGUUUUAGCGUGUUUACUAAGUUGCAAUGACGCA